AUGGAAUCGUCUGAUGCAUCACCUAUUGGGUUUGGAUUGCAAAUGAACAAUGCAACGAAUGCAACCUCGACUAAUAGUGCAUAUUUUGGAACUACUACUACCAACGAUUUGGUUAUGAUGACUGCAAACACACGGAGACUUAUAAUAUCUUCCGCUGGUAGAGUUGGUAUCGGGACUGGGUCUCCCUCAGCAACUUUGCACGUAUCACGAUCAAACUCAUACACAGUUGGCGUUGGCGGAACAUCAAAUUGUUAUCAAUACAACGUACAAGGAAAUAUUUGGAGCAAUCUUGGAUUAGGCCCGGUUAGUGUCACGGUCUCUGCCAUAUUUUCGUCUUCAAUUUUCUGUGUGCAAUCCAUAUACACAAGUUCUGAUAGACGACUCAAGGAGAAUAUAACACCUAUUUCAAUAAGCUUGGAACAUUACGAUAAGUUGGAACCCGUCAGCUACAACUGGAAAGGAGAGAGCAAAGCAAAACUCGGACUGAUUGCACAGGAUGCAAUGAAAGUGUGUGGAGAAAUGGUCAGUAUUAUGCCAAACGAAAAUAUGACGGCAGAAGGCGAUAAUGAUCUGGAAGGAUAUCAAUAUACUCUCGAUUACUCUCAACUUGGCGCAUUAAAUGCUGCUGCCAUCAAACUUCUAAUUCAAAAAGUUGAUGAGUUAGAAAAAAAAUUACUUGAACAACGUUCAGUUUAG